CACACACAUUCCAAAUGUCACUUGUGCGCAGGCGGACACACACACGCGCAGCUGAGCCCAUUUGUGUCCGCUCAGGCUCCAAUUCACGCUGACUCUCCCCGCUGACUCUCGCCGCACCGGUCCCCGUUUUCCACUCUCCUGUCGCUCGCUCUGUGCGGCUUUCCUCGCGGAACAGCAUGUAACACUCUCAGUAUCACGACGCCGGAGUGGCUGUGGCAGAGUGUCCUCUUCUCUGGUUGUAAAGCGUGGAUCAUGUUUUAUUUUCAGCUGGUGAUCAUGGCAGGCACCGUUCUCCUGGCGUACUACUUCGAAUACACGGACACCUUUCCAGUGCACAUCCAGGGGUUCUUCUGCUUCGACAAGGCGUUCUCCAAACCUUACCCUGGACCGGAUGAGAGCAGUAACGUACCGCCGGUGCUCGUGUACUCUCUGGUAGCUGCUAUUCCCACUAUAACCAUUCUGGCUGGCGAGGUGAUGGUGUUUUUCAUGAGGUCGGAGGGCAUGCUGGAGAAGACCAUAGUCACAGCCGACUGCUGUUACUUCAACCCUCUGCUGAGACGCAUCGUACGCUUCCUAGGUGUCUAUACCUUCGGCGUGUUCACCACCACCAUCUUUGCCAGUGCCGGACAGGUAGUAACAGGAAACCAGACGCCUCACUUCCUAUCAGCGUGCAGACCAAACUACACAGCACUGGGCUGCCAUUCCAACCUACAGUACAUCACAGAGCGCAAAGCCUGUACAGGAAACCCCCUCAUAGUAGCAUCUGCACGGAAAUCCUUUCCCUCCAAAGAUGCGGCCCUUAGUGUUUUUUCUGCAGUCUAUACAGUAAUGUACGUGACGUUGGUGUUUAGGACUAAAGGGACACGUCUGACCAAACCCACACUCAGUCUGACUCUGCUGUGUCUGGCCAUGCUGGUGGGUGUGGUCAGAGUGGCUGAAUACCGCAACCACUGGGCCGACGUCCUCGCUGGAUACUUCACUGGCGGAGCCAUCGCUGUCUUUCUGGUGACGUGUGUGAUCAACAGCUUCCAGCAGACAAAGCCCCCACCCAUGCCGGUGCGACCCCAGCGUCCUGAGUCUGUCCUGGGCAUGCCCAUGGUGGCGCUGCCCUGUGUAGAGAGUCCACUUGAAAAGUUAAGUGGCACUCAGGUAAGGGGUGGGAGUGGGUUAGUGGCAGGGCUGCACACAUAAGGGGGAUGGAUUAUGCCCCACCCUUUCCUUCUCUGUUUGGCCCAGUGGACCCUAAUGUGACUCCCAAGACCCACCCGGCCCCCCUUCUCCCUUUACUAGCAUGUCCAACCUGCACAACCCAAACACCAACCACAGCACCCUGCAAAACCCACUGAUGCUCUGGAGGAUUGAUCGGCUCCUUGCUUAUCCUGAAGAGACGUUAUAUUACUUUUAUAAUAGAGUAACUGAGAAGCAGCUGAAUGUUUAGGGCCAUUAACUCACUGAUCCCGCAAUGGGUUGAUGGGAAUUUAACAUCUUUAGAGCAGAUGUACCUUUACGACAAAGAAAAUGGACUGUGUAGCAUGUGGAACUUCAAAGACGGAAGGCCAUUAGAUGGUUUAUUCUGGGAAAAAUGACCACAGUGUGAGUUUCCCUUCGUAGGCCACCCUCAUCCUCCUCACUUUUGAAACUACUUUGCUGCCUUUUCCUCUCUUUGUCACCUUGACCAUACAGUCAUCCCUUUUCUCCCUCAGUCUUACAUUUUAUUUAGUGAUACACCGAAAUUUAGGCAACCAAAUAAAAGGGUUCACGGAGGGCUGAAAUCAUUGACCGAAACAGUGAUGUUUAGUGUCCGAUGUCACGUUUUGAUUGUCAACAUCUUUUUCGUGCAUACAACGUUAUGGAAGCC